CUUCCUGUAAAAGGAAGAGGUUAUCAUCAGACUGAUAUUGUCAGUCUUUUAUGAGGGCUUCUCAGCUCAGGCUGUUCCAUAAUGAGGAAUCCUCUGUCCUCAUGUGAAUAUUGUCCAGUUAUCCGUGCUGCAUGCAGGAGGCCUGGGCUGAGACACUGCCAUGAUCCCCAGGCUCAUUUUCCUGCCUUUCCUUGGUGAGUGCUGCUUAGGAAACUUAUGUAGGAAGUGGGAAAGGGAGAGCAAUGUAAAUACUGAGGUUCAUAACCUGGGCCCCUCUCCUGGGACACUUCCUUCAUAUGUUCCUAGGGUCAGGUUGUCACAGAGGGAUCUCUCAUAUGGCCACCUUUCCUUACCCCAUACCCAACUCAGUGACUAGUGGUCAGGUGAUUGAGCAUCUCUGGAUUACAGGGUAGCCAUCCCUUACUAGGCAUUAUCAUUCUCAAGACUUUUCCUGGAUCCAAACAUUUGUACCCAGAAUGGUGAGUCUUUUCUCCAUGUUUCUCCCAGACAGCUCUGAGUUGGACCGAAGGCACUAUGAGAGAAGAUUCAGGAUCAUUGGACUAAUUUCAGUCCUCAGCUUGCACUGUCUCGACCUUACACUCUUCAAUUUAUUUUUUGUCCUUAACCUUUGUACCAAUUUUUUUGGGGGGAGGGGGGCAGGAAAUCUUUGUCCUGCCCUAGACAGAAUCUAGAAUUCCAGCCUUCUCCCAUGAGUACAGUUGAAUCAGGAGUCUUCAAGUACACACUGUAUCUGACUGUUCAUCCAGGCCCCCAAGUGACCUCAGGAAGGAAUGUGACCCUCCUUCAUCACUCAGAUCAUCACUGUGACAUCCUCCAUCUGUACAAAGAUGGAAGAAAUACUUUCACCCAGAACUGUUUCCAUCAGGAUUGUAACAUCUUUCUCAUCUUCUCUGGGACUCUGGCCCAUAGGGGGACCUACAGAUGCUAUGGUCUUCUCUACAACACCCCCUCCUCUGGUCACUGCCCAGCAAAUCCCUUGACCUUUUGGUCAUAGGGUGAGAAGAAGCUGGUCAUCUUUGUGUGUGGUGGAUAAACUGUGGUAGUGAGGCCAUGCCCUCAACAUCCUGUUGAUUUAUCACCUUUACUCAGCUCCUGUAUCCUGUACAACAGAAGAAGAGCCAUGGACCCUAAAUUCAUCAGCCUCCUGUGUCUUGGAUUCUGUCUGGUCCAGAGGAUCUGGGCACAAGUGGGUGAGUCCUCCCUAUUUCCAGGGUGUCGUGACAAGCCUAAACUCUCAGCCUGGCCGGGCCCUGUGAUUCCUCUACGAGGGAAAGUGACUCUUCAGUGUCACUCUUGCUUUGACUUUGUCAAAUUCAAAGUAGUAAAAAAACGUGGGACCCCCAUCCCUAAGCUCCAGAAUAGACUUUUCAAAAACAGCCUCACCAUGAGCCCUGUGACUGCAGCACAUGCGGGGACCUACAAAUGCUCUGUAUAUUACAGAAACACCCUUGCAUGGUCAGCAUACAGUGACCCCCUGGAGAUCCUGAUCACAGGUGUAUUCACAAAACCCUCCAUCUGGGCAUACCCAAGUCCUCUUGUGAAUUCAGGGGGAUAUGUGAUCCUGCACUGUCGCUCAGAAGUACUGUUUGGUAAAUUUAUCUUACACAAGGAGGGGGACUCACAGCUUUCCCAGCAGAUUAGUAAGAGGCUCCAUAAUGGGAACGCUGGGGCUAACUUCUCUAUGGAACCUAUGAUACCUGUCCAUGCGGGGACCUACAGAUGCUAUGGUUCUCACAGUCACUCCCCCUAUGAGUGGUCAGCCCCCAGUGACCCCCUAGAGCUCACAGUUACAGGUAUGUACAAGAAACCUUCUCUCUUGGCUCAGCCAAGCCAUGUGGUGAUGUCAGGGGAGAAUGUGACCUUGCACUGCCGCUCAGAGAGCUCAUUUGACGGGUACCAUCUGUCCAAGGAUGGGAAGACCCAUGAGUCCUGGCUCCCUGGAGUACAAAGUCACGAUGGUGCAUUCCAGGGUGACUUCCCUCUGGGCCCUGUGAGCCCAGCCCAUGGUGGGACCUACAGAUGCUAUGGUUCCUUCCAUCGAUCUCCCUAUGAGUGGUCAUACCCAAGUGAUCCUCUGCACCUUUUGGUCACAGGAACCUCUACAAGUACUUGCCUGUCACCCACAGAACCAAGCACCAAAACAGAUUCACAUUUUCCUCACGGACACCCCAGACAGCUGGACAUCCUCAUUGGACUCUCAGUGGUCUCCAUAUGCAUUGUCAUUUUCUUCCUUGCUCUUGUUUGUCACUGGUGCUCUACCAAAAGUACCACAGAUGCUUCUAUUACGGACAGAGAGCCAAAGGAAGACCAAACGAUGGAUGAUGAGUACCUUACAGCAGAAGAACCAGAGGAGGCGAUUUACGCCCAGUUGAACCACUGGACCCUCACACAGAGAAGAGUCACAUCCACUUCCCUGAGUCCCAAAUAUUCAUCACUUGAGCCCAGUAUCUUCAUGGGAUGCUCUGAACACCAAGCCCAGACUCAGGCCAGACCUUGUCCCCAGGUCCUGUGCACACAGAGCAUUACCAAGCAAGAACCUGUAUCAUAUUCCUAGGAGGAGUUCAUUCAUGGACACUCUUCCUUCUCAAACACAGCCUGACAGCUCCAAGAUGACAACAGUGGCGUCUAGAGACUUGUAGGUUCAUCUUUAAAAUCCUAGUAUCCCUUAGUAAACACCCAGAUAUUCUAGGAAACCUCCAGUGUAACUAUCCAGCCAUUUCAGAGCUUUUACUAUCCUUACCCUAGCAUUCUAAGAAUUUAACCACAAUUAUCCCACUUCUUCUGAAGUUCUUUUGAAAUAAUUCUAGAAUCUUAACACAUUUACUCAGCUCAUGAAAGCUUAAAUUAUUCAACUUAAUUUUAAGUAAUCAAAGUAUGUUUUACAUCUGUGAUUUCCAACAUGGUAGACAGUAGCCAUUUGUGUCUAAAUUGAUUAAAACUAAAUAUUCAGUUUCUCAGUUGCACCAGUCACAUUUCAAGUUUUCAAAAGUCACAUGUUGCUAGUGGGUACUGUAUUGCUGUAUUGCACAGCACAAAAUAUAGAACAUUUCCAUUAUCACAGAGGGUUCUAUUGAACAUCGCUGAUCUAGACUGAUGACCAAACAUGAAGAUGUAUGGUCCAUAGUCUCAUGGAGCUGGAUCUGAUUCACAGGUAAUGGCAGUAUGUAAUGUUUAUGCAUGAGAGAUGGGGGCAGUGUUGGUUCAGUGGGAGAAUUCUCACCUUCCAUGCAGGAGAAAAGACCUGGGUUCAAUUCCCAGCCAACGCACCUCAAGCACAGCCACCACCCCUCUGUCAGUGGAGGCUUGUGCAUUCCUAGGGUGCUGAACAGGCUUAAGCAGAGCUUCCAGACUAAGAUGGGUACUGGGAAGAAAAGCCUGGCAACCUACUUCAGACAAAUCAGCCCACGAAUACCCUGUGGAUCACAAUGAUCUAUCCCCAACUGAUCAUGGGAACGGGGCAGGAACUGGCAAUAUUUCAUUUCAUUGUGUUUGGGAUUGCCAUGAGUUGGGGCUGACUCAAUGGAAGCUAACAACAACGUGUGCAAGAGGGUCAUAUCAAAUUGGAUGUGAGUACCAAUUAGAAUCUCUUCUAGCAUGACUUAUCAACUCUCCUCCUCAUGGCAAUUUCUGCUGGAGAGAUUUCUACACAGCACUGAUGUGAGAAUGUCAUGUUCCAAGGGAUCUAUAGACAGGAUAAUUGAUAUAACAGAAGUAUCCACACAAUGGAUUACUUAUAUUUAGCUAUUAAAAAUAUAUAUAUAUAUAUUAAUACAUAAAAAAGUGGAUAAAUUAAAAAACGUAUCAGAGUGAAAUAAACCUUACAUAAAAAAGGACAUAAUGCAUGAUUCUAAUUAAAUUGGAAACAGUUGAAACUAAUCUAUGAUGAAAUAUCAGUAUAACAUUUGCCUUAGGAUGGUGGGGGCAGUAGUGGUCUGAAAAGGGGCAUGAGUGGACUAUUUGGAGUCAUGAUAAUGUUCUAUAUCUUGAUAGAUGUUUUAGUUUCUCAUGUGAAUGUAUUUGUGAAAAUUCAUCAAAAACUGCAAUUAAGGAGUGUGCAUUUCAUAACAUGUAAGUUGUAUCUCUUAACAAUAUGUAAGCAUAUAACGAACUUUCAUUGUUGAUAUGCAUGCUGACGUGUUUAGAGGAUAAUGUAUAGGUGCCAGCAACUUAUACUGAAAUACGCUUAAAAUAAGAUAGUUUGCUGCAUGGAGGAUAAUGGUUCAUAUAUAAUAAAGCACAUAUAGUAAAAUACCAAUCAAUUCUUCAUACUUCUUUCUCCUGGAUUC